UUUUUUUUUUUACUUGCGUGAAUUUGAACUUCGUAAAGUUUAUAUUUGGUGCAGCUAAUUGCUAAUACGAGACCAUAGCCGUAUGAGAUAGUAGCUACACGGAGACGGAGAUCGGAUUUCUGUCAUGUUAAUAAUGCGGUUAGAAUAAUGGGUUUUUUUAUUACUUAGUAUACAGGAUUAUUAAGAAAAGUAUAUUGCCGUCGGGUGUUUUCGUGCGCUAGAAGCGCGCGUCGCUGUGUCCAGCCGCGAGCUACGCGAGGCCGGGGAUGAACUCGGCGCGAUAGGCCAGGAAAAUGGACGAAAGUUCACGCGAUUGGGGAACAUAAAACAUUUAUACGUGUUUUUUUUACGCUUGCCCGUUGUUUAAUCUGAGAUUGGAAUCGGGUAACGGAAAUAUACGUGCGUCAAAGGGCAGGAAUGGACUUGGAACGACAGAGGCGCAAGGAAGAGAUACAGAAAGCCCUGGGAUUCAUACAGUCCUCCUUGCCUUUCCCAGAACCUGAAGCUUAUGAGGCAUUUCUGACCCAGCUUGUUUGCAAUCUGCUGGAUGAGGGGAAUGCAGCCUUCCGGGAAGGGGACUUCAGACAAGCAACAUAUCACUACAGCGAGGGAGUUAGUGUGGCCCGGUAUGCCCAGGCUGAAGCACUGGUCAUCCCACCUGAGCUUCUGGAGAGCCUCUAUGUUAACAGGGCAGCAGCGUACCACAACUCUGGGGAGUAUGAGAAGGGUGUGCAGGACUGUGAUAGUGCCUUGGCUGUGUGCGAGGGCAGUCGCAGGGCACUGUACAGGAAGGCUCUCUGUCUGCGAGACCUGGGCCGAUUGAGGGAGGCCUAUGAGUGUGGGACCAGCUGUCUUCUCACGGACCCCCAUGAUAGGCAGGUCAGUGAACUGGCUCAAGAGCUGGCAGCUAAAUUGGGCCUGAAGAUCCGCAAAGCCUACGUCAGCCCGCAGGUAGAAUCUGUGACAGCAGCGGGCGAAAGCAAUGGGGAUGCUACCAGUUCUACUGGAGAGAUGUCAGCUAAUGGUCUGGAAUCUCUAAGUGACAUGUCAUCAGCUGUCCUACCCAGUGUUGAGUGUAUCCCCGCUCCUCUGGCUACACCCAUCCCUGUGAGCGAUGACUCCUUGUCCCCUACCAAGACCCCUGUGGUGCCACAGGACCUCCCUGACAGCCCCAGUCAGGGCCCCCCAUUUUCCGUACCGGUGUCAGAGCACUUGGCAGAGUGUGAGGUUAUGGGUGAUGAACUUGACAGCCUACUGGACUGCAUCCCCAAGGCGACUGAAGUUGGUGGGGCAAGUCCAGUUCAGGGGGCCAUCCCAACCAAUCUCCCCAAUACGGCAGUUGGUUUGCGGCCACCAUACACCACCAGCUUACCUGCCCCUUCGCCACAGCUUCCUCCUGCCUUCUUCAACUCUGCUGUCAGUGUUCUCAACUCUCUUGACACAUUCUCACCCCGUGGGUCAGGGGACAGUUCCACUAAGGCGCUGGACGCCCUGGAUGACUUUAUUCCUGGGCCAGGGGGAGUUGCUAAGGGAGGGUCAGGCGGAGGGGGGCUGGAUUCGCUCUCAGAAUUUACCCUGCCUGGAGGAAGAGUCUCUCACAGUUUCCUUCAAGGGCUGCGAAGUUCCAAGUCUACUCAUACGAAUGGUCCUGCUGGCUCCAACCUCUCCUUGCUGUCCCGCAACCCCCUGGCUGCGACCCACGAGUUCCGACAGGCCUGCCCAGCUUGCUAUAGCCGCAUAGGACCACGGGUGAUGGACUACAAGUACCAGCCUGAUGCAGCCCAUCGCUGCAAGCGGGAUGUACUGCUGUGUCGUUUAAAAAAUAGUGAUGACCCCACCUGGAAGAGAGUGCGGCCUCGCCCUGCUCGAAACAACUUCUUAGGAGCUUUUGUGCUCUGCAAAGAAGUGCAGGAGCGCCAGGAGUGCAAGUAUGGGGAGAACUGCACCUUUGCCUACUGCCAGGAGGAGAUUGAUGUGUGGACACAGGAGAGGAAGGGUGCUCUGAGCCGUGAACUGCUCUUUGAUCCUCUGGGCAGUACUGAGCGCCGGGCUUUGAGUGUCACACGUCUGUUGCAGCUGCACAUGGGCAUGUUCAUGUUCCUCUGUGAGGAGUGCUACGACAGUAAGCCCCGAAUCAUCAGUAAGCGCAGUAAAGAAAAUCUGGCAGUCUGCUCCAAUCUCACCGCCCGUCAUCCCUUCGAUGACAACAAGUGCCUGGUGCAUGUAGUGCGCUCGGCCAAUGUGCGCUACAGUAAGGUGCGGCCACUCCACCCACUGUGCCAGUUUGACGUGUGCCGCCACGAGGUACGCUAUGGCUGCCAGCGUGAGGACAGCUGUUCCUUUGCCCACUCCGUCAUCGAGCUUAAGUGCUGGGUGCUGCAGCAGGACACUGGUAUCACCCAUGAGGAGAUUGUACAGGAGUCCAAGAGACAUUGGCACAGGCUGGAGCAGAAUGCCCAAAGGCAGAAGCCUCUACAUAUGCCACCACAACCAACACCCAAUGCUAUAGCUGCAGGAGCUGGUGGGGGCGGUGGCGGUGGUGGGGACAGUACUGGUGGUGGAGGUGUCGGGGGCAUGGUUGGAGUUGGCAGUGGGGGAGGAUGUGGGGGCAGUGGCAGCGGACGAAACCGUGGGCUGAACCUGAAAAUGAAGUUUGUAUGUGGACAGUGCUGGAGAGAUGGGCUGGUCAGUGAGCCUGACAAAGCCCUCAAGUAUUGCACUGCCAAGGCCCGACACAGCUGGACAAAGGAGAGGCGGGUACUGCUAGUGAAGUCCUUUGAGAAGAAGAAAUGGGUGGUGGUGCGACCGCUACCUUUUUCCCGAAGCUACCCACAGCAGUAUGACAUGUGUGUCCAUGUGAUGAAGCAGAAGAAGUGUCACUACAUUGGGAACUGCUCCUUCGCCCAUAGUUUGGAAGAGAGGGAUGUGUGGACUUACAUGAAGAACAACAACUUGCGAGAUAUGCAGCAGAUGUAUGACAUGUGGCUGACACUGACCAAUCAGAAUCACCGCCCGGAUGGCACGCUGGUGACUCCACCACCAGAAGAGAAACAGAUUGUCAUGCCGACAGACUAUGCUGAACCAAUGAGCGGAUACCACUGCCGGCUCUGUGGGAAGCACAGCAACAGUGAGCGUCAGUGGCAACAGCACAUCUCCUCAGAGAAGCACAAGGACCGGGUGUUCAGCUGUGAGGGCGAGGAUGAAGGGCUGGCUUGGAGACACCGUUUUCCUGGCCCUCGCUUCACACUCUGCCCCAGGUUGGAAGGCAGUUGCCCAGAAGGAGCAAGCUGUGACUAUGCACACAGUGAGGAGGAGCUUGCAGAGUGGCAGGAGAGGCGGGACUUCCUCAGACGGAAGUUGGCCAAAGCUCGUGAUGACAUGCUUAUCGCACCCAACGACUAUGACUUUGGGAAAUACAAUUUUCUCCUCCAAGACUGAAGCACCACAAGUACACAUAUUCUUGCGUGCACAUAUAGACAUGCACAAAGACGUAUGAUGUCCAUAGGCUCUAACUUGGCUACACAGCCAGGAGUUGGGCCUCUUGUCUAGAAGCCCUCCAUACACAAACAAUUCCACAUCCAAAAACUCAUACUCACAUGCUGACUUAAUGUCCUGAGUGACAGAGGUGCACACAUGAGCCAGUGGCAGUACAGGUGAGGAAGACUUUUUUUUCUUUUCUUUUCUUUUCUUUUCUUUUCUUUUUUUUCCCUUUUACCACCUAUAACCACUCUCCAUCAAUAAUAAUGCAUCACCACACAAAAUGGCAGUAUCCCUCCUUGGUGUUGUAAUGAUGUGAACUAAUGUGGAGUGCAAGGGGACACAGUUCCAAAAAAAUCAGCCAGCUAUCACCCACACUGAGGAAUGUUUACUGGCUGUAACCUGAAGGAAGCGCUCACUGUACAGAGUGCGUGAUGCUAGAGUUUAUCCCUCAGCCUUGUAGGCCAGGAUUGGACAGUGAGCCAGUCACAAAAGUAGUGUGAUGUGAUGUGAUGUGAUGUUAUGGGCCUCAACACAUUGCACUCACCUACAUAAUGUCCACAGGGCGGUAACUCAUGUCAGUUACACAACAUUGCAGAUCACCGGCUAGGUUAUGAAUUUUACAGUUGAAAGUCCGGCACUGAGUGUGUUUUCAGAAGGUAGACAGAAAAGUUUAAAGAAAGGCUUUGUGAACUAUGACUGUAAAUAUGUAAAAGACAAAGGACCUGGUUGUACAACUGUGCAGCAGUACAGUCUUAGGUCAGUGAUUUCACUGAAUACUGAAUAUACUGAAUGUCAGCCUGUAGCCAAUCCAUUAAUUUUAUAAGGGGAAUACAUAAAUGGAAGAAGUGGGAGGCAGAACAAACAAAUGAUUGACUUACUAUUUCUAGGUAGCCACAUUUCCUUGUAUACACCAAUAGUGGAAACUAUAAAUAAGCGUAUGUUUAUAUACUUGUAUACAUAUACACACCUUAUAUAAAUACCAAAAAGAAUCGUUAUACUAAUAAUAGGUGACUUAGCUAUUAUGCUUAAUUAAAUAAGAUCAUAUAAUAUUGAUUAUAUAGUAUCACUUGUUAUUGACUCUUACUCUAUACUAUAUUAACUGUAUCAAUAGAUAAGUAGAGGAUUUUUGCUAUUGUGAGGGUCAUUCCAGACGGCACAUAUUAAAGCAGGACUUUUUUUCUGCGUUCACUGAAACAUUCAACUAUAUUAUUGUGUAAUUGGUGAGAAAUGUGUGGAAAUAUGCCAUAAUCAAAAUAAUUUCUAAUAAAUGCUAUGAUUUGUGGACUGCUGCAUAUAAAGGAGUUCUGGCAAAGACUGAAUAUGACCAGUCCCAGAUUGUUAAAUGCAUCUGAUGAUGGGUCCUACAUAAACCAAAAGGGUUUCCUAGCUGCCUUCAAGUAUUGUUUAUACAGAGUAUUUGGAAUUACAGUAACAUACACACUGUCUGAAAUGGCUUGUCCUGAGUGGGGUCGUGACGAGCCGGAGCCUAACCCAG